AAACGCUCCUCGGUCACAGGCUCACAGCGGCCACUGGUAGGAAUGUCUGGAUUUUGUUUAAACUCUGCUGCUUUCAUCGCUUCAAUCUAUUCGUUUCAAUGCUGCGCUUCGCUAUUUCCCGGACCCUGAGAAUGAGCCUACUCCCUUAACUCAUCACUCAAGCCACCUAUCACGGCUUUCCUCUCAAAUCAGUGUAACUAUAGGUACUGAAGCAGUGCCAUCGAACUUCAAAACCCGCCCGUCUGGGAUGGAUUCACCCCGGUUUCUCACACAAUUUCUACCAAGUGUCAGGGCUAAAUAGUUUGCAGGUAUUUCUUUUCGUGGGGACUGUGGUGAGAGAAUUUAUACUCCUAUAUUUUGUUUCCUUUUAUAGGUGGAAUAAAGAACUUCGCACCAGAACAUAUAUUAUGGGAAUGUAUAUGCAUUUGCUGCUUUUGCAGUAUUUGGUUUCGAGUUUUAUGUGCAAUGCUCUCGCUUUCGUCGAAGAACCCACAGAUAAGCAUGCGAAGUCGGAUGGAUAUUGCGGCAGGAUUUUACGGGCACAGACACAGGGUACACGGAGAGAUGGCUACAAUGAGUUUCGGCUAAGAGUAGAGGGGGACCCCGAAAACUACCAACCUGCUAGCAUCUACAGAGUGACUCUGUACGCCUCCAGUCCCUCCUAUUUUAGAGGCUUUACACUCAUCGCUCUGAAGGAGGGGACGGAAGGAACCAGAGACGGCCACUAUGCUGGCAAAUUCCAGAUCAUAGAUGAGGAGGACACCCAGUUCAUGACCAACUGUCCCCCGGCUGUGACGGAGAGCACCCCCCGCAGGAGGACCCGGAUCCAAGUGUUCUGGACAGCACCACCUUCUGGCAGCGGCUGUGUCAUCCUCAAGGCCAGCAUUGUGCAGAAGAGGAUCAUUUACUUCCAGGAUGAAGGUUCCCUCACUGUCAGACUGUGUGAGAAAGAGGCUGUGUUUGGAGAGACCACAGAGAAGCCCCCUCCGGAAUGCUGUGCCUGUGGGACGGCCAAGUACAGAGUCACCUUCUAUGGGAACUGGUCGGAGAAAAUUCACCCUAAAGACUACCCCAGACGCGCCAAUCAUUGGUCAGCCCUCAUCGGGGCGUCCCACUCCAGGAGCUAUGUCCUGUGGGAGUACGGUGGCUUCGCCAGCGAAGGGGUGAAACAGGUGGCAGAGCUGGGGUCUCCAGUUAAGAUGGAGGAGGAGAUAAGACAGAAGGGUGAUGAAGUUCUGACUGUGAUAAAAACCAAGGCGCAGUGGCCAGCAUGGCAGCCCCUGAAUGUGCGGGCAGCUCCCUCAGCUGAGUUCUCAGUGGACCGUACGCGUCACCUCAUGUCCUUUCUGAGCAUGCUGGGGCCCAGCCCUGACUGGAACGUGGGGCUGUCUGCAGAGGACCUCUGCACCAAGGAGUGUGGCUGGGUCCAGAGGCUGGACCAAGACCUCAUCCCUUGGGACGCAGGCACCGACAACGGGGUCACCUACGAGUCUCCCAACAAGCCUACGAUACCCCAGGAGAGGAUCCGGCCCCUGACCAGCCUGGACCACCCCCAGAGUCCCUUCUACGACACUGAGGGAGGCCCUAUCACAGCCUUGGCCCGGGUGUUGGUGGAAAGGAUAGCCAGAAAGGGAGAGCAGUGCAAUAUUGUCCCGGACACGGUGGACGAUAUCGUGGCAGAUAUUGGCCAGGAGGAGAAGGAGGAAGACGACACUCCAGAGACGUGCAUCUACUCCAACUGGUCUCCGUGGUCAGCCUGCAGCUCAGCCAGCUGUGACAAGGGCCGGAGGAUGAGACAGAGGAUGCUGAAGGCCCAGCUGGACCUCAGUGUGCCUUGCCCUCACACCCAGGACUUCAAACCCUGCAUGGGGCCCGGCUGCAGCGAGGAGGAAGCGUCUACCUGUAUGAUGUCAGAGUGGAUCAACUGGUCUCCGUGCAGUGUGUCCUGUGGGAUGGGGAUGAGGUCUCGGGAGCGCUACAUCAAACAGUUCCCGGAGGAUGGAUCCAUCUGCUCUCUGAACACUGAGGAGACGGAGAAGUGUGUGGUCAACGACGACUGCUCCCCCAGUAGCUGUGUGGUGACGGAGUGGGGUGAGUGGGAUCCCUGCAGCACCACCUGUGGGCUGGGCAUGAAGCAACGUGAGCGCAUGGUGAAGAUGCCCCCCUCGGAUGGUUCCAUGUGCAAAGUGGAGGUGGCAGAGGUGGAGAAAUGCAUGAUGCCUGAGUGCCACUCUAUCCCGUGUAUGCUGUCUCCGUGGUCCGACUGGAGCGACUGCAGUGUGACAUGCGGGAAGGGAGUGCGUACACGCCAACGCAUGCUCAAGUCUCCAGACUUGGGGGAGUGUACUGAGGAGCUGGAACAGGUGGAGCGGUGUAUGCAGCCGGAGUGUCCUACGGACUGCAUGGUAUCAGAGUGGACGGAGUGGUCUGAGUGUAAUAAGUCCUGCGGUAAAGGCCACACCAUCAGGACGCGCAUGGUGAAGCUGGAGCCCCAGUUUGGAGGGGAGCCUUGCCCCGAGACAGUCCAGAGGAAGAAGUGUAAGAUCAGGAAGUGCAAAAGGGGCUCCAGGGCCAGCGAGGAGAGGAAGAGGCGGCGGGGGGGAGAGGUGGGCGUUGGGAAAGAGAAGAGAAGAGGCAAACAGCAAGAACGAGAUGCAGCAGUGGAGGAACAGCCCGGUUGCAAGAUGAGGCCCUGGUCCAAUUGGACAGACUGUACCAAACACUGCGGCGGGGGGAUCCAGGAGCGCUUCAUGACGGUGAAGAAGAGAGCUAAGAACACCCCGGCACAGGUCACCAGCUGCAAGGACAGGAAGGAGAUCCGCGCCUGUAAAGUCCAUCCCUGCUAGGGGGCGCUGCUGUUUAUCUGUGUUUCUCUGUGAUAUUAUACGAUGCACUCUGUUAGGGUUGGGGGGAGGAAGGAGAAGCAGACUCAGUCAGUGUUGAUUUAGCCAAGGUUGGCAGUCGGUGUGGUGGAGACAGUCCACCUGUGUAUUGGAUGGAGAUAAGAGAUGCUCCAGAGAUGCCAUUACUGUAAGCAUUUAGUGGAUCACUGGGCUGAGGACGAGACCAGCGUCAGUCAUUAGUCUUCUAGUAGCCUCAUCACUCAGCAGGCCUAUGUAUUACUAUGUAACCAACACUAUACAGUACACCACAACUUCACAACCACACACAAUACAACACGUUUUUUUAACAAUGUUAUUUUUGUCUUUAUACUACCGUUGUAUUGGCUUCACUAGCUAGCAGUGAUGACACACUUUCACUCUUGCAUGUCUAACGUUUCUCAGUCGGAAGACUUCACUUCACUGGUUGUGGCCCUAGACUUUAAUCUGGCCACAGUUUGUGAUGAUCACCAUGUUUAAAAAGGGCAGUUGCAAAUCUUAGAGUCGCAUUAGCCCAGGCCUCUAGCCUAGGGCGUCACAAGGAAUUAGCUUUUGGCAUUUUCUUCCUGCCCCAAAUGUUUUUAUCCGGGUCACUCCAGCAUUCCUGUAUCAUUAAGGCAGGUCUCCAAACAUCACUGCCCUGUUGAUUUGGGCAUAAUAACCCUGUUGUAUGAACCACAAUACUCCAUAAAGUUUGUACAAAGUAGCUCUGUAUACACAGUGACUUUUUCGAAAAUAAGUGUUGAUUGUAAUGAAACGUUAUUAAAUGAAAAUACCAACCAAGUAAUUUAUAAAAAAAAAUAUUGUAUCCUGUGGUUAGUUUGUUAAUUUGACAAUUGUAUUCCAAAACAAAGCACAGGUGAACAAUCAUUCCAGGUUUUUGUAUGCCUCAAAUAGAUUAUUAUUUUCAAGACAAGAAUGUGUAGGGACUUUUUAUUCCAUUGUAAUACAUGUAGAGGCUUAAACAUAGAGAUGCCUCAUUGAGAGGGCAGCGAUUGUGUGCAUCAUUAGAUAUUGUGUUCUUUUUGUUGUGUAUUUUGAUAAAAAUGUCAGCCAAGUCUUGCCAAACUCAUUUUUAGAUGUUCUCGCUCUGUUUUUUUCUGUCCUCUCUCUUUCUUUCUUUUUGCCUCUACACCAUAUCACACCAUAUUUUGGAAUAAAUAACCUUUACAAUAAAAGUACAUGUGAGAAAUAA